GCAGCUGAGAAUGGAGCAACGGGUGUUGAGCUGGAUCUUGAAUUUACUGCAGAUGGGGUUCCCAUCCUGAUGCAUGAUGACACAGUGGAAAGGACAACUGAUGGCACGGGAAGAUUGUGUGACUUGACUUUUGAGGAAAUUAGGAGGCUUAAUCCAUCUGCGAAGCACAGGCUAGGGAGCAAAUUCCAAGGUGAAAAGGUACCAACUUUGAGAGAAGCCGUUGUGGAGUCUAUGCAUCACAAUCUUAUAAUCUACUUUGAUGUCAAAGGCCAUGCAAAUCAGGCAGUUGAUGCCCUGAAACAACUCUACCUGGAGUUUCCGUCUUUGUACAACAGCAGCAUCGUCUGUUCUUUCAUGCCAGAUGUUGUUUAUAAG